AUGAUGACAGUAGAUCUGAAGUGGGUUGCAGACCAUGAGCUGGGAAAGGAGGCAGUGCUCUUGGGAGAAACAGCACAAGCCCUAGGCUUCAAGCUGAAGCCAGCAGAGGCCCAGCAAAUGGGCAUGUCCCAGGAUGAAGAAUUUUGGAAUACACACCAAAGUCUACAAGAGCUGCUGAUCAGGAAUACCCACAAAGAAACUGAGCCCGUAUGUGAGAGGGUGGUGCCUGCUCACCGGAUCCUAGCCUUUCCUGAACAUACGAACACCAAAGACUGGCCAGUGGCACCUGAGCUCAUCUUGCCUGAGUCCCAGAGCUUGUUGACAUUUGAAGAAGUGGCCAUAUAUUUUUCCCAGGAAGAAUGGGAGUUACUGGAUCCUACUCAGAAGGCCCUCUACAAUGAUGUAAUGCAAGAAAACUAUGAGACUGUUAUCUCUCUAGCAUUAUUUGUGCUCCCCAAAACUAAAAUGAGCUGCUGCUUAGAGCAAGGGGAAGAGCCAUGGGUUCAAGGAUCACCAGUGUUCAAAGACAGUCCCAGAGAGCUGUUUUCAGAGAUAAAGAUGAAAAAUGCCACUGAACAUCAUCAACCUAUAUGUUUUUCUGACUUAGAAAUACAAGCACCAGGAGACAUAGUAUCAAAAAAAGCCAGUGUGAAUGUUCAUCAGAAAACAAUGGGCAAAGAAAAUCAUGGUGAUAUGCAUAAGGUGGGGAAAUGGCACCAAGAUUUUCCAGUGAAGGGAAGAAAGAAAUUUUCAAACUGGUGGGAAGAAGAGCUGCUGAAACUUCUCGAGCUUCACAAGAAAGAAUGUGCAGGAGAGAAGCCUUUUAAAUGUCAGGAAUGUGGGAAAAGCUUCAGAGUUAGCUCUGACCUUAUUAGGCACCAAAGAAUUCACACUGAAGAGAAACCAUAUAAAUGUGAACAGUGUGAUAAGAGGUUUAGACGGAGGUCAGAUCUUAAUAAGCACUUAACAACACACCAAGGAGUAAAGCCAUAUAAAUGUUCAUGGUGUGGGAGCUUCAGUCAAAAUUCACAUCUCCACACACACCAAAGAACUCAAACUGGAGAGAAGCCCUUUACAUGUCAUCAAUGUGGAAAAAAAUUCAGUCAAAAUUCCCACCUUAUUAAACACCGGAGAACCCACCUGUAG